AGCCGUCCGUGGCUCAGGGCCCGGGCUUGCCCUGCGGGGGCCGAGCGCCAUGCCCGCGGCGCGCCCCAGCGCCUGCGCCGUGGCCCUGUGGAUGGCGCUUGCGGGCGCCACCCUGGCGAGCGCGCCGCCGCGGGAGCACCACGCCUACUGCAUCAUUGGCGCCGGCCCCGCCGGCUUGCAGUUGGGGCACUUCCUGAAGCACGCGGGGCGCGACUACGCCGUCUUCGAGCGCAGCGCGCGCGCUGGCAGCUUCUUCCGGAGGUACCCCCGCCACCGGGGCCUGAUUUCACUGAACAAGCGGCGGGUUCGUGAAGGCCGCAGCGCGGAGUUCGCGCUGCGGCACGACUGGAACUCGCUGCUCGACGUUCGCGCGGGCGCUAAUCGCACACAGCCAGUCACCGAGCGCAGCAGGGACCUGUUCCCCCGCGCAGACGUGCUCGCUGAGUAUUUGGUGGAGUUCUCAGAGGAGCAGGCCCAGCAGAUACGGUACAACACCACUGUGGUGCGCGUCCGCCGAGACGAGGACCGCUCGGGCUUCGUCCUCUCACUUGCGUUGGGCGCGGCGGCAGACGGCAACUGGCCGCCCACGUCGUCGGGGCCCGAUGGCGGCGAGGUCGGAUGCGGCGAAGUGGUGAUCGCCACCGGUUUGUGGAGGCCCAGGGGUGCAAAGUCGAGGAUCGACGGCGCCAAGCACUUGAUGGGGUACGAGCAGCUCCCGGAGAUAGGCGAGGCCUUCGAGGGCAAGUCUGUGGUGAUUCUGGGGCUGGGCAACGCCGCCAUGGAGACCGCGCAGGAGCUGCAGAAGUACGCAGCCGAGACGCACCUUUACGCGCGCUCGCGGCCGCUCCCUGGCACCAAGGAGAAGGGCGUGCGCUUCGCGUACGAGACGCACUACGUCGGCGACAUCCGUGCAGGAAGAACCACGAUCUUGGACACCUACCUGCUGAAAAGCCUCGACACCUUCGACUACAACAUGUUUGAGGGAGCGACGCGGCUGGUGGUAAUCCCGUGUCAUGCCAGCCGGCUAUGCAUAUGGCAGGUCCAGGAAGGAGAUUGUGCCGACGACCGGUGCAGGGAGGCGCAUCAUGCUGGGGGCCAGGACCUCAGCUACUGGGUGGAUAUCGCCAGGUUCCCCGCCAACUCAAGCCUCUCUUGGCAGGCGCGGCGGUUGAUGCUUGAGCAUUCCGCGGAGGAAGUGGCGCAGUGGGUGCUGGAGCCCACCACGCUACCCGAGGGCCCCCUGGGCGAGCCAAUGACGGUGCCCUGGGAGCAAGCGCUGGCGACGAGGGCGAAGAUGGGUAUCGACGAGGAGGUCUUCGAGACCGACUGGGAGGAGUUCCGCGUCACCACGUUUCUGCUGCGCGAGAAGCCGGCGCUCGUGGACGCGCUGGCGACGCUGCGGAGCGAGCACUCGCUCGAGCCUGUCCGCAACCCCAUGGACCACGUGAUCCGCUGCUUCGGCUGGGCAAUGGACACCUCGAUCUUCGACGCGUCCGUUCCAGUGAGCACGUCUCAUGCGGGGAAGUACCCCGAGAUCACGGCGGGCUGGGAAGUGCGCGGGGUGCCCGGCCUGUACGUGGCGGGCACUCUAACGCACAGCCUGGAUUUUCGGAGGUCAGCUGGGGGCUUCGUCCAUGGAUUCCGGUACUCUGCGCGCGCCCUGUUCCGACUUCUUGAGGAGAAGAACCACGGCGUAGCGUGGCCGAGCACACUUAUCCCACUCGACGUUCCCACUGCAGACGCAGGUCCCUGCGCUGGGCUGGACGAGCUCGUGCUCAAGCUGCGCAGCCGCAUCAACGAGGCCUCGGGCCCCUACCAGAUGUUCCAGGCGCUCGGCGACAUGGUAGUGUUCGAGAGGCAUGCGGAGAGUGGCCAGUGGACGGCCCGCUACAUGGAGGAGGUGCCCCUUGACCUCUUCGAGGAGCGCUACCACAACCACUCCCGACUGACCUGGGUGUUCAGGUAUGCCGAGGGCUUCUACGGGAAGAAGGUCCUUGGUGCCGACCGUGUCGGCGCGACCGUCCCAGAGUUCGCCGAGAUGUCAAACUUCCUGCACCCGCACCUCUCCUUCAAGCUGGCAGGCGAGGACGAGGCCUCCAGGAACCACUGGCUCACCGAGGACAUCUUCACCCACUGGGAAGCCUCCAGCUACUUCGCGCCCCUCGCGAGGUUCGUGGCUCGCACCGUGGCCGCGGCAACGGGCAUCGCCGCCUUCCGCGAGGACGGCGCGUUCUCCGCGGUGCCGCGCGCGGGCGCGAGGCCGGACGCGGGCCGCCAGACGGCCCCGCCCACCGCGGGCGAGGACCUGCCCUCCGAGCCCGCCGACGUUGAGCGGGAGUUGGCGGCGCUGCGCGCGCGGCAGCAGCUGCUGGCGUCGCACCUUCGCGCCCUCCGCGAUGGCGGCAGCAAGGAGCUCUAAGAGGCGGCCGCCGACGUCGAGCGGGAGCUGGCCGCGUCGGCGCGCACGCCAGCAGCUGCUGGCGUCGCACCCGAGCGUCCUCCGCGGCGGCCGUGGCCCGGAGCUCUGAGAGGCUCGGUCGUGGGCCGCAGGCGGCGAGCGGGUGCGCCCAGACACUGCGCAGUUUCCGCCGCGGUUGUUGUCACGGGCGCCACCGUGCUGGCCCCACGUUGGAGCCGGCUCGGGGUCUGAGGUGGCCAUCACCAUCACCAUCAUCAUCAUCAUCAUCAUCAUCAUCAUCAUCAUCAUCAUCAUCAUCAUCA